AACAGCAAAGCGGUGGCACUAGAAAAGUGAAAGGAAUAAAAAAAAAAACAAAGCUGAGAGCAAACGUGCAAGACCAUUUUCUGUACGGACUCAAGAGUGAGAGCCCACAGUUAUUCCCAGGCAAACAGAAACGAAGCCAAGAAGAGUUGUAAAAACUUUUACUUGCACAGGUUUCUGGUAUAUUGUGUGAAAUUGGGAGUCUGGGUCUGGGUCUGUGCCUGUGUGUUUCUAUUGUCAUCUUCAGUGUAGUUUUUGAUUGGAAUAGUUUGAGAGAUUUUAGUGGUCUUUGAUAUGUCUGAUACAAAGAAAAGUUUGGGAAGUGGUGGUAAUAAGGGUGGGAAGAGAAAUCUUCCUUCAUGGAUGAGUUCAAGAGAGAAUGAUUGUAAAUCUGGUGGAAAUGGGGAUAGUGAGGCUGAAGAAAGUAAUGAAGGUGAGAAGCCUAAGGAAGUGAAAGGGCGCGGUAAAGGAGGUAAGGGCAGUACGCCUUGUAAGGAAAGCGCCAAAAAUGAUUCUGUGUCGAGUUUGCCCACCACGAACUUCUCCAAACUUUUGGAAGGGGUAGUGUUUGUGUUGUCGGGAUUUAUUAAUCCUGAGCGCAGCAAUUUGCGAUCACAAGCACUGGAAAUGGGAGCAGAAUACCAGCCUGACUGGAACCCAGAUUGCACUCUCUUGGUUUGUGCAUUUCCCAACACGCCAAAGUUUCGACAAGUUGAGGCAGAUUGUGGGACCAUUGUUUCCAAGGAGUGGAUAUCUGACUGUUAUGCUCAGAAGAAGCUCGUUGACAUUGAAAGUUUCCUUAUGCAUGCUGGAAAACCGUGGCGGAGAAGCAAUAUUUCCAAUCAAAGCCAAGAUAAAAUAGUAUCACCACCUGGAAAAUCCGAGAAGCAGGUUGAAAGAGGAUCACACUCAAAGCCAACUGCCCCCACUUCCUCGGAGUGUCGAGCUUCUAAUACCACCAAAGAGUGCUUUUCCCCUUCUAAAGUGAAAAGGUGGGCUGUUGAUGAUUUGAGUAAAACCAUCACGUGGCUAGAGAGUCAAGAUGAGAAGCCAGAGCCUAGCGAGAUAAGUAAAAUAGCUGCUGAAGGGAUCUUAACUUGUCUACAAGACGCCAUAGAUUCUCUUGAACAAAAGCAGGAUAUUCAGCAAGCAACCGAGCAGUGGAACUUUGUCCCUCGUGUGGUUGAGGAGCUGGCAAAGCUUGAGGGCACUGGAAAUGAUUUAGCCUCAAACUCAAAGGAGGAUCUUUGCAAACAGGCGAAGGCUUGUAAACGAAUAUAUGAGCAGGAACUUAAAAAUUUAGAUGAUAAUCCUUCAACCAAGAAGAAAAAGCCAAAAACUGAUGAAAAGAACCUCAGAACCAAUGGCAAGAACAAGGAUGUAACAGGAUACGAUAGUGAUGAAACAAUGGAGAUGACAGAAGAGGAAAUAGACAUUGCCUUCAAAGCCGUGGCAUCUAAGAUCAGUCAAUGAUGAGCCUAUUUUUGUGUUGAUGACAAAGGUGAUAAUUUUGCUUGGCAGUACCUAACAUUGGAUAAUGACAUUUUGUUUUCUUCUUGUGUAAAGUUUCCAAGCAAAGUCAAGGAAUCUCUUUCUCGCA